ACCGAAUUUUCAUCCCCAUUAUAUUCUUCUAGCAUGACUCAUUUGCAGUGCCCAGCAUUUUCCAUCCUCUUUACUAAUUAAUUCUCCCUCCAUUGGCUCAUCACUGAUUUAUUAGGUGAUGAUGCACUAGCUAUAAGGGAAUUAUCCAUGUCCUGCACACCGGAACAAGGCAUAUGCUCUUACGAGGUUGCCGUUCCGGUGCUUUUAGCAAUGUAUAUAUAGCUGCAGCACAAGUCUGAGAGGACUCAAGAUUCAGAUAGUUAAGUUCAGAGAGACUCUCAGAGUUGCAGCAACUAACUCAUCAAGAAACUCAAAGAUGAGUAGUGGCGGCGCUAAGGCCUAUGCGGCCGUUGUUCUGAUCAGGAUCAUGUACUCUGGUAUGCAUGUGAUGAGCAAGAUCGCCUUGGAUCAAGGCAUGAACCCCUUGGUGUUUCUGUUCUAUCGGCAUACCACUGCUGCACUCGUGCUGAUCCCUAUUACUUUUGUUCUAGAGAGGCGGAAAGCUAAACCGGUGACGUUAAAAAUUGCAGGGAAAAUGUUUGUACAUGCCUUAUAUGGGGUGACAGCUUGUGGCGACUUAUUUAACCUUGGUCUCAAUUAUACUUCGGCAGCAUCAUCAUCAGCAUUGUACAACGUUCAACCAGUGGUUACCUUUGUCCUUGCUGUUGUAUUUGGGAUGGAGUCUAUGAAACUGAAGAAGUUCCAUGGAAAUGUAAAAGCGGCAGGUAUUCUGUUCUGCAUCGCCGGUGUCACAAUUUUGGCCUUCUACGAGGGGCCAAUGUUCAAAUCGUUCAACCAUCACCACCUCUUUCAGCAAGGCAGCAGCAGCAGCACUUCUUCUUCAGGAGAUACCCAUUCCAAGAAGCAAUGGGCAUUUGGAAUCUUCCUCAUGACACUCUCUAACAUUUUAGCAGGCCUAUGGACAGUUCUCCAGGGUCCACUGAUAGAAGACACUUCCAAGUUGAUGAACACCACGCUGCAGAUCUGUUGCGCAUCAGUCCAAGCUUUCGUUGUGGCUGUUGCAGCCGAGAGGGACUUCUCCAAGUGGAAGCUAGGAUGGAAUGUCGAGCUUGGUGCAGUAAUCUACAGUGGUGUGGUCGUCACCGCACUAUCGUACUACAUGCAAAUGUGGACGAUUGCGAAGAGGGGCCCGGUGUUCCUUGCCAUGUCGAUGCCGCUUACUUUCAUAUUCACAAUUAUCAUGUCCUCAUUCAUUUUAGGGGAUGCAGUUAGCCUAGGAAGUAUUUUUGCUGGGAUACUACUGAUCGGAGGCUUGUACAAUGUUCUGUGGGGGAAAAACAUAGAGGAGAAGGACGAGAUGAACAAGAUUGGUGCAAGCAAAACCGGCCUGGAGCUGGAGCUGCAUGACAGCGAGGCUCAAGUGCCUGAUGAUGAUGCAGCAAAGGUCUAAAACCAAAAUUAAAACGAUGUGACAGAAAAGAUCUGUCAUCAAACCAAAGCUGCUGUUUUGCUUAUGCAUGCCUCCAGAUUGUCGAGGCCGACGUGUGCACACAGAUCUCUUUACUCCUCCUCACCGGUGAACUGGUGGCUGCAAUUUAUCCAAGAUAGCAAUUGGGUGCUCUCUGA